UGUUCGUAAUAAUAAGAAAGCAGAUACCACAUUAAUUUUCUGAUCUACAUGAAACCUGGUCAGCAUAUUUGUCUUACCGGUCAGGUCAAAUUAUACUGGGUUGAAUUCUUGGUCAUUUGGGUAAAAUAGGGCAUUUUUAGCACUCUUGUUAUCUGACAGAACAAAAUUUUUGUGUUAUUAUAGUAAUAUUAAUUUGCUUGUACAUUUUAGGUACACUGAAAUAGACGAAAAAAGAAAUCAGUUAUUAGCAGGAAUUCAAAAAGCCGAGAGUGAAACAAAACAGGUAUUAGAAAAAAUUAAAAAAGCGGAGAAGGACUUAAAGGAUGCAAAUGAAAGAGCAGACAACAAUGAAAGGAAUUUUAAUCAGUUUUUUCAAGAGCUUGAUACUUUGCAAAAAGAUAAAAAGAAAGCUGAUACAGCAAAUGCAGAGCAGAUACGUGGCAUGAAGAAGAACAUAGAUAAACUUGAACAAGAGAAGAACAGCUUACAAGGGGAAAACAGUACCCUAUCGGCACAAGUUUCGAAGUUAGCAUUAUGCCUUCAACAAGAAAAAGAAAAAGCAACACGUAACACCGAAAGUCUGAAAGAAGCAAUGGAAAGUGAAAGAAGAUUGCUGAAUCAAAAACUAACAGAGAUGGAAAAAGAAAAGAAUGAUCUGAGAGAUAGAUUCAGUAAGGUUGCAGGUCAGAAGCUUGCAGAAAAGAAUGCUGAUAUAGCAGAUCUUAGUGAUCCAAAUAGGGCCAUGAAGUUGUCUGAGAGGUUUUCCCAGAUAUAUGAUGAUGACUGGACUGAUGCUUUCCAAGCACUUGGAGAUAGAAAGAUGAAGUCUAAAGAGGCAAUUCAAGUGCUAAUGACCAUUUUGAAGUGCUGUUAUGAUACCUGUGAAGAAGUCGCUGCACAGCAGUUAGAAGAGCUUAAAAUUCCUCUCAUUCAGCCUGUCAAGACAGUUGGGGAGGCAUCGAAAGGACAUGCGGUGAGGAUCAUUUAUAAGUAUAGAUUGAUGGUUCAUUGUCCUGCAUCAACAUUUUACUUAAAAAUCUUUUUCUUUGAAACCAAUGGUCAGAAUUAAAUCAAACUAGGUCUU